AUGAAGACUUCCUUCGCCGCUGUUGCUCUUGCUCUCUCCGGCUGCGCCAUGGGUGCUCCGUUCUCCAACGGAACUCGCCCUGCUUUCACUUCUUCUCCUCGUUCGACUUCUGCGCAGGUGUCGUCGACUGACCCGCCUCUCCCCAACCCAUUCGCUUCCUCCAGCACUGGCUUGCCUUCUGGAACCCCCUCUUCCGGUGCACAAUUCUCUAGUGGCGGUGUCCUGAAGCGCGUAGAGGCUCUCUCUAUCCCCACGGAUCUUCCCUCCCUGGCAUCCGAUGCUCAGUCUGUGGCUGCAGCUCUUGCUUCUGCCGGCGCUGGUGCCCAGAAGCGUGGUGAGGCGCUUUCGAUCCCCACGGAUCUGCCCUCGCUGCUCUCUGAUGCCCAGUCUAUCGGCUCUGCUUUGGCAUCCAGUGGUGCUGGCUCUAAGAAGCGUGGAGAGGCGCUUUCGAUCCCCACGGAUCUGCCCUCGCUGCUGUCUGAUGCCCAGUCUAUCGGCUCUGCUUUGGCAUCCAGUGGUGCUGGCUCUAAGAAGCGUGGAGAGGCUCUCUCUAUCCCCACCGAUCUUCCAUCCCUGGCAUCUGAUGCUCAAUCGGUUGCUGCGGCCCUUGCCUCAGCCGGUGCAGGUGCCCAAAAGCGUGGUGACGCUUUGUCAAUCCCUACCGACCUGCCAUCAUUGCUGUCCGAUGCUCAGUCUGUUGGAGCCGCAAUCGCAUCCGCUGGUGCCCAGAAGCGUAGUGUGUCUGAGCCCAUUCCCACUCCGACUCCCACUGGAACUCCUUCCACUCCCCUUGGAACCGCCGUCCCUACGCCUUCUAGCAGUCUGUCUACUCGCCCUGCCUCCUCUGCAUCUGCCACGCCUGCUGUGUCUUCUUCGGCUGCUGGUUCUGCCUCAUCGUCUGGCCGUCCCCUCCCCACCCCUACCGGUGCCUCGCCUUUCAGCCAGCCUCUGGUCUAA